CACUCUUUUCAGCUUUCGCGUUAUCACUAAAUCAACGGAGCACCAUUGACGACAGUGUAAGCGUCUAAGCAAGUUUGAAGUGGUCGAAGCAGCUCCGGAGCUCUAAGCUGAAAUUGCGAUUAUAAAGCAAUCAGUAUGAAAUCGGUUAAUUUGCAAGGCGAUUGUUGAUGGGCGUAUGCGUUGGGUCAAAUGGAUAUACCAUAAUAAAAAGUAUUAAAAAGUUGGAUUAUACGACUUAAGCAAAGGCAUUGCGAUAGUUCACUAUGCCAAAUGAAGAUAAGCUUGCAACAACCGAUUCCACUUCAGCGGAAAUUGAGGCGACUUCCACGAGCAGUUCAGUAAAUGAAAGUCUUUUGGGCCAACAAAAAUUCAAAUUACAAUUCAGCAAUGUUUCCUACAUUACCAAACAGAACAAAAAGCUGGUUAAAAUACUUAAUGAUGUCUGCGGGGAAUUCAAGUCGGGGCGCCUUACUGCUGUUUUGGGUCCCUCUGGAGCGGGCAAAACUUCGAUUCUUAACGUGCUCUCCGGUUUCAAAGCCAGCAAUGUUUCGGGUCAAUUUACAUUCAAUGGCAGUGAGCGGAAUGUUUUGACUUUUCGCAAAUCCUCAUGCUACAUUCCGCAAGAUUUUGCAUUACUCGACUUGUUAACAGUGCAAGAAACAAUGAACGAUUCUGCAGAUCUUAAGUUGCCUGCCAAAACGAUUUCUGCGGAGAAGCGAAAAAUUGUUGAUGACAUUCUCCAGAUACUCAAUAUGGAUAAGUGCCGACAUAGAUUGGUGCGAAACCUUUCCGGCGGCGAGCGAAAACGUCUAUCUAUCGCUAUAGAACUAGUUACUAAUCCACCAGUCAUGUUUUUUGAUGAACCCACUAGUGGCUUAGACAGUGUCGCCAGUUUGCAAGUUAUCAACUAUUUGAGGAGGCUGGCGCUCGAUGGGCAUAUAAUCGUGUGUGUUAUUCACCAGCCAAGUUCGAGGCUUAUAAAACUGUUCGACGACGUGUUAGUGAUGUCACGGGGUCAAGUGUUAUAUUCAGGUCCAGAAAGAGAAAUGAUUGCCACCUUUGAAGCGGCGGGCUUUGCCUUCCCCAAUUACUACAAUCCAGCCGACUUUGCUUUGGAAGUAAGUAGCGAAGAGCACAAUAAACCCAUAUUGGGUUUGAUAGAAAGGAAUAAGAAACGGCAUUGCGGAGUAGAUAAACAACCGAAUGAAGAUGCAAACCUUUGCGUGCAUGGAAAGUCUAACAUUCAAUCUACAUUCAAUUUAAAUUCUCACACCACCAUCGAGAUGCGAUCGAACAAUGAAGCUCAAGUUGAACGAAUGUUGCAUGAGCCCUGCAGAUUAACAUCGGUGCGUCUUAGAUCAGAGGUGAACAUUUGGCGCCAAUUGGUCAUACUCACACGAAGAUCUCUGCGUACAAUGUCAAGGAACUUGAUUGCCGUUCAAUUGCGCGUUUUUAUGCAUGUCCUCGUUGCAGCUCUCGUUGGCGCGGUAUUUUGGGACAUUGGCAACGAUGGCGCCCGAACCCUAACCAACAUUUCCUGCAUAUUUUUCAUUAUAAUGUUUAUUUUCUUUGGCAAUUCAAUGCCGUCCAUAUUGUUGUGUCCACAAGAGACGGCGGUUUUUAUACGCGAAUAUCUAAAUGGUUGGUAUUCGCUCAGAGCAUACUACGCUUCAAAACUCCUCUCUGACCUCCCGAUGCUUUUCAUAUGCCCAACUCUGUUUACGACAAUCAUCUACUUCAUGACAAGCCAGCCGGAUGAUAUGGCGCGAUUCGCUAUGUGUUGGGGGAUCAGUUUAAUUUUGGCCAUCAUUGGACAUUUUAUGGGGCUAGCUUUUGGUUCGACGUUUGAUGUGCAGAUGGCGAUUUUGCUGGUACCUGGAGUGGCUAUUCCCUUUAUGAUAUUUUCUGGAUUUUUCAUACGUAUUCAUGAGCUCUCAUCUGUUUUCCGGCCGCUGUGCGAUAUCUCAUUCUACCGUUACACCAUGGAGGCUCUUAUGCAAGCCAUAUAUGGCUAUAAUCGCCCCGAUUUAGAAUGUCAUAGAGAAUUUUGUUACUUCAAGUCACCAACUAAACUGCUGAAGGAGCUAGGCAUGUUGGGUGAUCUGUAUGGCCAUGACAUAUUUAUUCUUCUGCUUUGGAUUAUAUUCUUUAAGGUGCUAUUUUUCUUGAGCUUGGUCUUACGCAUCAAACGUGCCCAAUAAGCUUACGAAAAACCCAGUAGGAAAUAGGAUAUAGUAGACAUACGAUAUUAAAUGAGAAAACUAUCGCUGGAAAACACUCAGCGCAAAGUUAGCGAUAGAAUAAGGUGGAACUAAAGUAUACAUACGCACAAAGUAAUGUUAUUUUUUAAUAAUAGUAAUUGGAGCUAUGCUUGGUAAUACUAAAGGGAAAGUGUAGAUCACGAGUUAAAACCAUUUUGACAUGUCGAUGCGUGAAUUUAUUUUAAGAUUUAACAGAGCGGCACUCUUCUCCUAACCAUUUGCUCAGACAAAUCAUAUAACACUUCUCGCUUACUCAGGCUGGAUGUUUUCCGCAAUUACCUAAAUAAAAUAAUAAAUAGUUCGGUAACUUUUUCUACGGGAAUUAUUGUUAUUAAUUUUAAAAACUAGAAACUGUGUAAAUACGAUGGAAAACUAGCUUAAUAAAAGAGACCAAAGCAUUUUUUUCUAAUUACAAAAAAUAAAAAUAAAGUAGAGUUUAUAUAUUCACAAAUACGGAUUUUAUAUAAGAUACAACUGUAUGGAACCAA